AUGUCAGAAAAGUCACCUUCAGCCUCUGGCUCCUUACACAGGAGUGCACACAAUACCUCAGGGUCAGAGGCUGAUGUCCUAUCACAGGGCUCAGAUAUAAGUGACAGAAGGGUACGGAGGAGGGAAAAAAACAGAGUUGCAGCUCAGAGAAGUCGCAAGAAACAGACGCAGAAAGCAGACAAACUACACGAGGAAUAUGAAACUCUUGAACAGGAAAAUUCUUCUCUAAAAAAAGAGAUUGGGAAACUUACAGACGAACUGAAGCACUUGAGCCAAGUAUUGAAAGACCACGAACAGAUUUGUCCGUUCCUCCACUGCCCUGUGAACUAUGUGACUGUGCCUAGAAUUGCGGACGCUGUCGCUAGCUGCCUGCCUCGAUGACCUG